AUGGCAAACCGAAGCAGCAGACGUCAUGGCACUGGUCGCUACAGCGAAGAGUGUCUAGCUCUCGAUCAAGCCUGCAAGGCUGGCAUGGAUGAUCCAUCCAAGGGACCAACGGCAGCGCAACUCAUUGCAGCGGCGAUGACGGUUGACGGAUAUCAGGAGUUUGAGUUGCCACGCAGCUGGCUCAGAUUUGCAGGAGAGCAUCCAGACGUUGCAGGGAGAUUGCGCGUACAGUCCGACUACUUUUUCGCUGAAGGAAUAGAUGACCCUGCAGCUAUUCCCGAAAUUCUUGCCUGUUUCGAAAUGUUCGAUCGACCAGCGGACUGGCCCAGCGAUGCUAACCAACCUGCUGGAUCUCCCGAGAAUAACCAAGAUACUCCGGGCGACGAUGUCAAUAUGACGGAUUAUACUGACUCGUCCGAAUCUUCCGCGAGCUCUGAUGAUGAGAAUGGAUCCGGCGCAUCUGAAACUGAGACUGGUGGAGCGGCCUCUGGCACCAGCACCGACGGCGAGUCUGAUACCACUCUGGUUGAUUCGGGAUACGGUAACUCGUCCUAUGUUGAAGAAUCGGGAGAUGGAGAUGGAGAAGCCACCUCUGAAUCUGAGGCUGGUUCGUCUAACUCGGAGCCUGGUCCAUCUGACUCGGAUGAGCAUCAUAUUGCUGGGUUUGCGAACCAGAUUCUCGACAUUGUCGCCAGCGAGCAUGAUCUAGACCACGCACCAACAAUGUCGAUGGACGAGUAUAUAUCUCAAUUUGGCUAUGGAAAACUUGAGGAUUGGGAGCCUGGCUCUUGGGAAUCAUUCUGGGUUCGAGCUGAAGUGUCCCUUAUUCGCAUGCCGUAUAUUUAUCGACGCCAUUUUGAGAACUUUGAAGAAGAGACCAUCGAUUUAAUGGCUCGCAAGUUGGAGCUCGAGUGGAUCAUGAAUGCUUAUGCGUAUGGAGAAGAGUCUCGCCAACAAGCGGAGUAA